CUCUGUGGCUGGUAUGCUUCGCCGUCCACACACAAUCUGUGAGUAACAAGGGCAUUGCAGGUGGACCUCGGGUAGGCAAAGGUUAAACCGGCGCGUACGGAGGACGACCGGGAUUUGUCUCUCUCUCCUUCUCUGUCUGUGGUUAAGGAGGUGAUCCAAGAGAGACAGGAACUGCACUGGAGGAAGAAGAGGAGGAUGGGAGACAGAGGGAUGGUGGGAGUAGCGGACGACAUGGGGGAGGGCAUGCAGUGCGUGGACCACCCUUACCGUAGUAACCCAGGCGGGGUAUGCGGCUUCUGCCUGCAGGAGAAGCUGGGCAAGCUGGUGUCCUCCUCCAAGUCCAGCCCCUUCUCCCCGCUCCAGCCCCCGCCGUCCUCCUCUUCCUCACCCACGUCCUUCCGCUCUGACGGUGGUGUUUCUGGCGGAGGGCUCGGGCUCGGACUGGGACUUGGACUCACCUCCCGUCCGUCACGUACCGGUGCCGCCUCUGGUGGCCGUAGGACCAGGUUCCCCUUUCUGGCCGCCAGCCACAGCUACAAGAAGAAGAAGAGCAGCGGCGGGAGUGGUGGCUACGGAAACGGCGCAAGGAACGUGAUGGCUUCGGUCUCCACCGCAGCUGGCAUCACGGAUUCUGGCUCUGCGGCGAACGACAGCGGCAUCGUUCUAAAGCGGAGCAAAUCUACAGCACCGAGAACGGCUGGAACCCUUGCGCAGGGUCGUGGUGGUGGCGGCAUUGGAGACCCCGCCGUGGCAGAGAGUCCUCGAAAGAAGAGCUUCUGGUCUUUCCUCUACCUCUCCUCUGCCUUUUCCGCCUCGAGCUCCUCUUCUGCGGUCCACAGCAGCAAUAUCAACAGGCGAAAAUCUACCUCAUCGUCGUCGGGCGAAGGAUGCGAUAAAGACGUCAACAUGAAGCUGCAUCUGCAGCGGCAAGUGAAUGCAUCAGAUAAAUUGGUGGCCAAGGAAGAAGCGGCGACCGCCGCCCCCGAGCAAGGGGAAAACGGGGUGAAGGAGGCGGAGAGCCCAAACGCUAGACAGGCGGCAGCGUCAUCGUUCGGAAGGAAGGUGGCCAGAUCCAGAUCGGUGGGCUGCGGCAGCAGGAGCUUCUCGGGAGACUUUCUGGAGCGCAUCUCCACCGGGUUCGGUGAUUGCACCCUCAGGAGAGUGGAGUCCCAGCGCGAGGCCAAGCCCAACAUCGGCCUCCACCUAAAUCACGACAAUGACGGAGAGCAGCGGCAGCCGAGGAUGAAGGUGCGGUUCAAGUGCGGAGGGCUGUUCGGUGGUUUCGGGACGAUGUACGCGUACUGGUUGUCGGCGGCCGCGGCCGAGGACGACUUGGACGACAGCAGCAGCAGCAGGACCUCGGCCGCAACCCCGGCUCCCUCCGCCACCGCUGCUGCACGAGGCCGAACUAGAAGCUGGAGCUUAGCCUUUGCGAGUCCAAUGAGAGCCUUCAGGCCAUAUUCCUCCUCUAAGCCCCUCUACGCCAUCCAUAACGCUGCUUCAGCUGCGCCGGCGACCAACAUCAUUUCCUCGAUCAACGGCAGCAACGGCGGCAAAGGGCACAAACUCCACAGCAAUCCAUCGUUUCUAGCUGUCGAAAGCUAACACACAGACACACCCCUAUCGUAGUCUUCUCUUCAGCAGCAGCGUGCUUGUCUAUUAUCACAAUCUGCCCUUGAACUCGAUCUUUUGAUAUCGUGUUAAUCACAUUCUACUUCUCCGUCGAUCGCCUCUGAAACUAUGUUAUAUUUUGGUGAAAUAUGGCGACAUUAUGAGGUUGUUUUUGUUGGAAA